CAACGCCCAACCCAUUCGUUAUAAUAGAGGUUUGCCACUGACAUUACAAGUCAUUCAGUUGUGCUAUUCACGAGAAAAUAAACCCCAUUCUCUACAGUAAGCACUUGAGUUCUUCCGCAACCUAGCAACAUGGGCUUCGGUGACCGCGGUGGUGGCCGUGGUGGACGUGGCGGUGGCUUCGGUGGUCGCGGCGGUGGUCGCGGUCGCGGAGACGGCGGCCGAGGUGGCUUCGGUGGCGGCCGGGGAGGCGGCCGCGGCGGUGGCCGCGGUGGUGGCUUCGGCGCCCGCGGUGGUGUUGCCAAGCGCGGUGGAGCCCGUGGUGGUGGCCGCGGUGGCGGCCGCGGUGGCAUGAAGGGCGGCGCGAAGGCAAUUAUCGAGCAGCACCGACAUGACGGAGUUUUCAUCGCUCGCGGCAAGGAGGACGCUCUGGUCACCCGUAACCUGGUGCCCGGUGUUAGCGUUUAUGGCGAGAAGCGCAUUGCUGUGGAGAACGACGGCGAGAAGGUUGAGUACCGCGUCUGGAACCCCUUCCGUUCCAAGUUGGCUGCCUCCAUUCUGGCUGGUGUCGACAACAUUUACGUCAAGCCCGGCAGCAAGCUUCUGUACCUGGGCGCUGCGUCUGGCACCAGUGUUUCGCACUGCUCGGACCUGGUCGGCCCCGAGGGCGCCGUCUACGCCGUCGAGUUCUCGCAUCGCAGCGGUCGCGACCUGGUGAACAUGGCUAAGCAGCGGCCAAACGUCAUCCCCAUCAUUGAGGAUGCUCGCCACCCGCAGAAGUACCGCAUGCUGGUGCCCAUGGUGGAUGUCGUCUUCGCCGAUGUCGCCCAGCCGGACCAGGCCCGUAUCGUGGGCCACAACGCCCAGUACUUCCUCAAGAACGGCGGCAACUUCGUCAUCUCCAUCAAGGCCAGCUGCAUUGACUCCACGGCGCCCCCGGAGGCCGUGUUCGCGCGCGAGGUCAAGAAGCUGCAGGAGAUGCAGCUCAAACCCAAGGAGCAGGUGACGCUGGAGCCCUACGAGCGCGACCACGCCAUGGUCGUGGGCGUCUACCGCCCCGCCGGCAAGAAGAAGGAGUAAGCGUCUCACGGGCUGGGCCAGGCAGCGCAUGCAACUGCAGAGUGGCGGUGUGCGGCGGGCAGGGGCUUGGCGGCGGCGAUGCAUGGCGCCGCAGCCUCUGCUCCUCUGCUGUCAGGCUGCGCGCAUCUAGCGGAGCAGCAGCGACCGCCGCCAUGGCUGUAUGUGCGCUUGGUUCGCAUUGAUGGGCGCGUGGGAAUACCGGGUUCCGGAGUCGGGAUGCCUGGUGGGGCGCGGGGGGUUAGGGGUAGGUAUUGAAGCAUACGGCUCACGGCACAAGGUGGUGCGUGGGUGAUUGCACACAUGUCGCGUCUGCUGUGCGCACAUGGUGAGCACUAGUCUAGUUCGGGGCUUGGCCACCCCCGUUUACCCACGUUUGUGUGUGUCAAUGAUUGACUGUUAACGCAAGUUGCCGAAGUAAGGCAAGCAGCAGACAAGGGCCAUCUGACAGUUCUGACAGCAUUGAAGUGACCUCGUGUGUGACACCACAGUUUAGAUGUGUGUGACUCUGUGCAAUACUGACUGAGCUGGGACAUGGAGGUGCGGAAGGCCACUUCGGACACGCAUGAUACCAAGGCCGCAACGUGUUUCUUUUUUUGCGGUUGAGCAGGAUUGGGGAGCAGGUGGCGCAGAACGAGCUAUGAGCGCAUGAGGUGGAAGUGAUGGCAGUUGCAGUGGAGGAUUGAGGUGCAAGGAUUUUGCACGCCCGUCGCAGGCGUGCCUCGAAGAAGAGUAACAGGCAAAUGAGCAUGGCAAGGUCGCGCGUGUCUUGGGGAAGGGGUGAAGGCAGCUGGGGCUUUCGGGCGGAGGAGGCGACUGGGACACAGCGGGGCAGGGCGAGGGUGCAGCACGACAGGCAACAGGCUCUCGUGCCGUCGGUUCUUGCGAUCGCAGCAGCGUUAGGUGAUGGGCGUAAAGCGUACAUGGACUGGGACGGUAGCAGUCGGGCGGGUCAGGGCAAGGGGGAGCUUCAGCGCACAUC